CGAGGAGUUCGUCGUAGUAUCUUGGAGUUAUUGGCUCUUCUGUCCAUCCAUCAGCCGGCGCCGGCUUUCUUCAUGCCUCAUUGGCUGACGGGUGAAAGCGGGGAUUUGGUAGUGGCCCAGACAUGGCUGACGGCGGCGGCGGCUGGCAGCCGCCGCGCCCCUGUGAAGCCUACCGCGCCGAGUGGAAGCUGUGCCGCAGCGCCAGGCACUUCCUGCACCACUACUACGUCCAUGGCGAGCGGCCGUCCUGCGAGCAGUGGCGGCGCGACCUGGCCCGCUGCCGCGACUGGGAGGAGCGCCGCAGCGCAGAGGCCCAGCGAUCCCUCUGUGAGAGUGAGCGGGCGCGGGUCCAGGCCGCACAGAAGCACGCCCUGGUGUGGACUCCGAGGCAGAGCCCUCCUGCAGACUGGCACCUCCCUCUGCCACAGGAGGAGAAGGACGAGUGACGGGCACCCCUCCACCCUCGGCUGGUGUGGCUUCAUUGGAUCUGUGACCAACCCCGUCUAGUGGGUCCUGCCUCCUCCCUCCCGGCUCGAGACACAGAGUGGGACGCAGGCAGCCCGACCUGUCCACUCUUCACUGCCUCAGCGCUCCCGCCACUGCAAUGCUCUGAAAGUCAAGUGCACCCACCCCACAGCUUCCAGGAAGCCAAGCACUGUGGCAGGUACCUGGCCCCUUCCAUCCCCGCCCCCAGAGAUGGCAGUCCUCAAGGCUAGGAGUCUCAGGCAAACCCCUGGCGGGGAGUCCUGACCUGUGAGGACCCACAUAGGUGGGCCAGGAUGAGGUUGCUAAACAGAGGUGCUGCUGUGAGCGCCUCUCCCUGUCCUUGGGGCACAGGCUACCAUGCACCAGGCUUGGUGACUCCCAUGUGUGGCCAGCUGCUGGCCAAAAAGCAUGGCACGCCCAUUCUGCUCGGCUCCACUGGUGCCUCUGCACCAACGUGCUUCCCCCCAGAACAUACCACCUUGCAUGGAAAAAAGACACUUGGCUUAAGAAAUCCAAGCCCAAGACAUGGGGUUUAGGUCUCCUUUCUUUAAAAUCUCCUCCCUGGGCAUUAGUGUAUUGUGUAUUAGUGUAUCAGAUUCCAAAUAAAAGCUGAAAAUUAA